AUGCAAGCUCAACGAAGAUCUAACCUCGUGAAGAUUGGGAAGAGACCAGUCCUCAAAGUGCACAGCCAUAGCUUUAAGCACCAGUUAAAAACAGGGGUCAGUCAAGUCAGCUGUAGCAAAAUCGUUGAUCAUUACUUUUUAUUGCCAUUGUUGUCACACUGUACUACAACUUAUCUUGUUCUCCUCUGCUCCAUUACACCCAGUCUCUUUAAUAUAUUAUUGCAAGCGCAAAUGGAUAUUAAGCCUCUAAUCUACCAAAGAUUGGCUUUCUUCAUCAUCAAGAAUGGUCAUCCUAUCUUGUGUCAAACAAAAAGGAGAAUAACCCCACAACGAACAGCGGAAGCAAGAGCGCGACCAAGCAAUCAGCGCCGACCUAGCAGAGAAUCCAUGUUGAGUACGUGUAAUUCAUACAAGUUUUAUCAUAUUUUAGAUUUUAUCUGGGCAUCAUCCAGAGUCCAGUCAAGACUGCUAGAUCUAAAGGAACAAGCCAGUUUUAUCGCACCUGUAGACGCCCUCGAGUCUAAACCGGCCGAGAACAUUUUCAGCCAACUGACGGUGCUUCUUCUUCUUUAA